CGGCCAUGUGGGUCGGAAGUGGCUGGGAAGGGAAUGGGGGUGUUGAAUUUGGAUUUUGGAGGGGUCACUGGUGGACGGAAUGACCGGGUACACGGACUUGAUGUCAAUGGAGGAUCAGGACGCCAGGGUUCCAGCUCUGGAACCAUUCAGGGUGGAGCAGGCACCGCCUGUAAUCUACUAUGUCCCUGACUUCAUCUCCAAGGAAGAGGAGGAGUAUUUGCUUCGACAGGUCUUCAAUGCCCCCAAACCAAAGUGGACCCAGCUCUCCGGGAGGAAGUUACAGAACUGGGGUGGGCUCCCCCAUCCCCGGGGGAUGGUUCCUGAGCGGCUGCCACCGUGGCUCCAGCGUUACGUGGACAAAGUUUCUGAUCUCAGCCUUUUUGGGGGUCUCCCAGCCAACCAUGUCCUUGUGAACCAGUAUCUGCCUGGGGAGGGCAUCAUGCCCCACGAGGAUGGGCCACUGUACUACCCGACUGUCAGCACCAUCAGCUUGGGCUCCCACACCAUGCUGGACCUCUACGAGCCUCGGCAGCCGGAGGAUGAUGACCCUACGGAGCAGCCCCGGCCCCCGCCCCGGCCGGCCACCUCGCUGUUGCUUGAACCGCGCAGCCUGCUGGUGCUCCGUGGCACCGCCUACACGCGCCUCCUCCACGGCAUCGCAGCCGCCAGCGUAGAUGCGCUCGACGCCGCCUCCCUGCCGCGCAACGCAGCUGCCUGCCCCUCGGCGCAGGCUGGAGCCCACCUGGUCCGCGGCACUCGCGUCUCGCUGACCAUCCGCCGCGUACCCCGCGUGCUGCGCGCUGGCCUCCUGCUCAGCAAGUGACGCCAGGACCCAGGACCCGCUCGGAUUCCCGAGCUCUCGCCUGCUCUGGACUGCCGGCGCCCAGUGGGCAGAGGCGGUUCCCCCCGGGGUUAUUUUCCCAGUACCUGUGAGGGAACCACAGGAAAAGGCCCCAUUCCAAAUAAACCACCAACAAAACAAUCUUA